UUUUUCUAGUUGUUUUUUUACUAACAAAAAAAUGGAUGCUCCAAUAUCACCAGAAACAAUAUCUAGAAUGUUGCAAGGAAUAAACCGAUAUAAUCCGGAAAAUUUAGCAGUUCUUGAAAAGCAUGUGGACUGGCAAGUUCAUUCCGGUUCUUAUGACUUGCCCGCAAAUCUAGCUGUUUUGAAACUUUAUCAGUUCAAUCCAGCUUACUUUCAAACACAGAGUGUUUGUCAAAUCUUACUGAAAGCUCUAUCCACUAUUCCAAGUCCAGACUUUUCUCUCUGCACCAGUCUAAUCGACCAGAAUCAGCAAGAGGACCCAAGCAUUGGUCGCCUGCUUCUUUUACAUCAUUUGAUAGAAACUUGCAAGUUCACUCAUUUUUGGCAGGAGGUCAAUGCAACACCGGAUCUAAUCAGUGGAGUAGCAGGGUUGGAAGAAGCAGUCAGAAAGUUUAUUUGUCAUGUUGUGUCUGUGUCUCAUCAGAAUAUUGAUAUUGAAGACCUUCGUGCGAUUCUCGGAGACUUGAAUGAGCAGGAAUUGGAAGUAUGGAUUGAAAGAUGUGGUUGGAAACAAAAAGAAGGCGGUUUAAUUUCUGUGGCAAAUCAUGAAGAGAAAGUUAAAACUAAAAAUAUUGUGGAAAAAGUUGGAUUUGAGAAAGUCCAAAAUGUUAUGGCAUCAACUUGUUGAUAUUUUAACCUUUUAUUAGUUUGCCUGCAAGUUUGAUUUUCUGGUUGGGGUACAACAGAUUCUGCCAGAUGGCUGGACAAAAGUGAUGAUGCUUUUUUCCCAUGAACAUAUACUAUCAGAAUAGCAAGUUCUAAUAUCUGUAAUACCUUUGAAAUAAAUUACAUUGUCAAUCAAAGUUUUUAACUGUUUAUGUAUAGAAUAAUACAACUUUUUGGAGCUUUUUAAAUGCCGCAGCAAUCUUUCCUGAUAUACAUACUCUCCAGUUUUCUGUUGGUGGAUAAUCAGGAAACCUGGAUUUUGAAAUAUUUUGUUAUGAACGUCAUUUUGUGAUUUUAUAUUGAUAAUUUAAGUUUAUAGUCUGACAAAAAAGCAUGCAUACAUCUGGACUGAUGUAUAAAUCAUUUUGUUUAUGCUUAAAGUUUAAAUUGUUGCGAAGAUCUAUACCUAACAGUUCUUUGGUAAUGAUAAAAAUAAAUAAUCUACAUUCAAUCAUAAUUUAGUUAAGAUUGUGUUUCCCCUAGAUUGUAUUACCAACUUUUGCAUUAAUUAAAUUCCCUUUUUUUGAAACACAAUUUUUCCUCGAAUUCGGGUUAUUUAAUAAGAUUUUUCUUACCUAGCAUUAGGUGAUGCUGAAGCAAAUUAUGAAUUUGUGUAUUAUGGAUUACGCUAUAUAUAAGCAAUAAUUAAAAGCUAUUAUAAGACAGUUGACUUGUAACUUGCUGCUAUUUGGAUAAUAUAUGUUGAUGAACUAUUAUGAUUGCUGUUCUCGUAUGGUGGUGAAUAAAAGUCAUUACUUUUUAGA